CCGAAGAGGCGGGUCUAGGUUACGAGAUGGCGCGCAAUGAGGAGAAGGCGAACAACAUGUUCAACCGCUGGGUCACCGGCAAGCAGACCGCGAUCGCGGGUGGUCCGAAAGGACGGCGCCCCUACCUCGCCUCCGAGUGCCGCGACCUCGACCAGGCGGACAAGUGGAGGCAGGAGAUCCUCCGCGAGAUCGGCAAGCUCGUGAUGGAGAUACAAAACGAGGGACUCGGCGAGCACAGGCUGCGGGACAUGAACGACCAGAUCAACAAGCUGACCCGCGAGAAGCACCACUGGGAGAAGCAGAUAAUCAAGCUCGGCGGCCCCAACUACAUCGCGCAGGGGCGACGGGCGAUGGACGAAGCCGCGCAGGAGGGCUUUGUCGACGGCAUGGACCAGCGAGGUGGGGGGUACCGGUACUACGGAGCGGCGAAGAACCUACCCGGCGUGAAGGAGCUAUUUCAGAAACCCGAGAAGCGGACGGUGCGACGGACGAGGGCGCAGAUGUACAGGAACAUCGACAUGGACUACUACGGCAUGCGCGACGACGACGACGGCGUGCUCAUCAAGCUCGAGGCGGAGGCGACGGAGAAGGCGCGAGCUGAGGCCGUCGCCGAGUGGGAGGCUGAGCAGGCGCGGAGGGAGGCGGACGGGGGGAAGAAGCGGCGACAGCAGGAGGACGACGACUUCGAGGCGCUGACUGGCGGGUUCAAGGCGUACGUGCCGCUGCCGGAUAACAAGGACAUCGAGGCGUUGGUGCUGGCGAAGAAGAAGAAGGAUCUGUUGGCCAAGUACGCGUCGCCCGCGCUCCAAGAGCAGGAGGCGGAGGCCAAGGCCAUGCUGAACAAGCAGUGA